AAAUACCCUCACAAAAACCCUACCCUUUCUCUCUAAGUUCUAACCUUUUUCUCUCUGCAAAUUUUACUAUCAAUGGCGGUUGAUACACUUCGUCUUCGCAACAACUCUCUCAACGACGGAUCUCCACCUCACCCUAGAUCUAUUGCGCCAUCGCCGAUUUCUCCACCUGAAUCGCAGCACUUCAGAGUACCUCCGCCGAUGAAGGAAUCUCACUUCAGAGGAGUACGAAAACGGCCGUGGGGACGAUUCGCCGCUGAGAUUCGCGAUCCGUGGAAGAAGACUCGGAAGUGGCUCGGAACCUUUGAUACGGCGGAGGAAGCGGCGCGUGCGUACGACGACGCCGCACGGAGUCUCCGCGGUCCUAAAGCUAAAACUAACUUCGGUCACGGAAGCAUCUCAGGAGGACCUGUUGUUGUGGCGGCGUCUCCGAAUCAGUCUGUGGUUGUCGGAGAGUGUAUGCAGUUGUGGAGACAACCGGUGUACUUUCACGGCGUUUCGCCUGCAUCGGCGCCGGCGAGAUCGGAGUAUAAGGGAUAUAAGCUUGAGAAUGUGGAUGUGGUUGUGAACGAGCAGGAAAAUAAGAAUAAGAAGAUGAUGAUCGGUAAAGAGAAGAAACCGUUCUUGUUCGAUCUGAAUCUGCCGGCGCCGUUGUUCUGAGCUGCCUGAACUGUGAUUCUCCGGCGAAAAUAGUAUAGGGGGACACAUACUAGAGACACACGUGUGGUAAGAGGCUUUACUCUUUAUUGUGGAGGUAUGAAUUUCCAAUUUUGCCCCUGAACGGAAGCUUUAAUUUCUAUUUAUGUACAGCUAAGUAACCAAAUGAGGGCUAGUAGGGAUGAAUUAAUUAAAUGUAAUUUAGAGAACUGAGUUAAGAGACUUUGACUCGGUCUCAACUCUCAACUCAACUCGUUUAAAUCCUUGUAGAUUUCAUGAAAAUAUCUUUAGUUUAUAUGAUGAAUCAUGGACGAUGAUGAUAUUUGAUAUAGUUGAUCAGUUUUUAUUCUGAA